UUUUACAAUAAACAAAAUCUUAAUCGUUUAAUAAUCUCAGUUCUUCCUAAUUUAUGUCCCAAUUCAUCGCUUUCUAAUUAUGAUCAUAAUAAAACUUGAGCGAUGACGUAAAUUCUCAUUUAUUUAUAUUUAUAAUCCAAUUUCAACCAAAAUCCCUUAUAAUUUCCCCCUCAAAAUCCUUCAAAACCAUAGUCCCCAUAGUUUACAACGAGAAAGAGAGCAGAAAAGAUUUCAAAUCCGCAAAGCGCAAGAAGUUUCCACCUCUCUAUCUUGUUUCGACAAAAAUUAGGGCUUUGGAGAGACGCUGAUUCCUUUAUUUAGAAAGUCUCAGACAUGGGGAUCGAUCACGUUCCUUUCCGGCGCCAUUUGGGAAUCUUUUUCUCCGAUUCAUGGAUUUUGAUAGUGACGCUGAUUAUGAUUCUUUCUUAUAGUGAGAUUAAUAAGUGAUUCUAUUAGAAAUGACUGCAAAAAAAUUUCUUCAAAGGUGUAUUUUGUUUGAUAUUCCAUAGUGUACGUUCGCAGCUGCUAGGUUUUGGGCGGCGGUGGAGGAAUCGAGGACAGUGUGAGCUUGGUGGUUUUGGUAGAAGGAACUAGGGUUAGGGUUUUUGAGGGAUUGUGAGCGUGUUUGAUAUGAAGGAGAAAUUGAAGAAUGUGGUCGGGUUAUUAAGGAGAUCACUGAUCACUGCAUUGCUGCCAUGCUACGGAUCGCCCGCUAAGGGGCCAUUAUAAUUUCGAUCGGCAGAGGGAGGGCUUGCAAAAUGAAUAGUUUCUGAAUAAUGAGAUAACUAGUCUCAGUAGGCCAUGGGUAUGAAAGAAGUUUUCAAAAUAUGUAUACACGUCGUAUAUGCUUUAAUGUAUGGAGAUAUUGACACAACGGAAACCCAUAAUUAGAGAAAUAUGUUUAUGACUCUUCCAUGAGAGGAUAUUUUCCCCUGUGGAAAUGACGAUUCUAUUGUUUAUCCCUAUUAUACACACUUAUGCACAUAUAUUUGUUGAUUCUUCAAGCAUUGCUUGGAGAAUGGCAGUUCUCAUUUUAAGUCUGGCAAAUUAUGUGAAAUUUUUUGAUGAAUGUGUCACCAUUCUUUCUCAAAAGGUAUUGUCAACCACUUUUCGAUGCAUGGGACACCUACAUGUCUCUGUCAAAUUGUUGAUAUAUAUGAUGUGAUUUCUUGUUAUUUUUCUUGCGAUCCUUGUUUGCUUACCAAUUUUUUCUAGCCCAUAGGUUGAUUUCAUGCUUUCCUUGCUUACCAACUAAGAAGCGCAAAAGAGUAGCUAUCAACUCCAUACCAAUUGACAAUUAUGCAUUGAAGCACAUAUGUCAUACAAUACACUUAACACAUGCAGUCACCUUCUACUCGUUAUUUUUGUAGGGAUCCACUUCCAUGAUAGUAUAUAUCCAUAUUCACCAAUAAACAUCUUUAUCAUACAAUAUGUUCAUUUCCUUCCAUAAGGUUAAGAAAGAGCUUAGGUUAGGUUGUUUGAAAGUAGCAUAAAUGCUUUCAGAAGCUUCUGUCUGUUUUUUCAAGUAUGCUUUCAAAGAAAUACUUGCUGUUUUCUUUUAAUGGCCUCUUUCCUGCUUGGAUAUUCUACCAUAGGAGUUAGAGGUUUGAAGCUUGCUAUGGCGGUCAAGUAUCAUCUAUGGAAGGAUUUUGAAAUACUGUGAGUUUAUGAAAAGAUUUGAUACUAGACACAUGUGAUGAUUGAUCAGCAUGAUUUCAGAUGGAUCCAUGGCUUCAUGCAUUGGACGGGUUUUGUUAGCUUUUGAGUUUCCUUCUUUGUUUCCUAAAAAUUAUAAUGAUGAGGAAGAUCAAACAGUUGCCUAAACUUGCAAAAUUGUGUUUUUUUAGACUUUGCAGCAGGUAAAUUGAGGAGAAUUUAGAGUUUCUAAAUUACCAAUUAUGACCACUGUUAUAAAUAGCGGUAAAUAGCCCCGCAAUAGCGGCGCUAAUAGCUUUAGCGGUCCCUUCCCGCGACGCUAUCGCCUGCUAUGCUAUCAUGCAAUAGCGGUGACAUAUUGCGGAAUAUGUCUGUUCGCAAAAGCGGUCAAUAGUGUGUCAUAACGGUAAAUAGUGAGCGAUUACAUUCGAAAUUUGCUUUUUGACUGCUAUUUAAAAGCGGUUUGAGGCUUAUUUUUUUUAAAAUUAAACUCAACCCUUGACCAUUGCAUUCCAUCAUCUCCUGUGAUUUUCAGCAUACUCCCGCCACCUCUCAUAGCCUCUGGCACCUACCUUGAUACUUCCUCUCACCUCCUUUACCGUGAGCUCCUCUUAGGACAGUCAUGUCACCGCUAAGCUCUUCUUCUUGAAGACAACGACUUUUUGACUCCUCCAGUUAUAUUCGGUAUUACGUGAUGGUUACAUGUCUAUUUCAUGUUUAGGAUCUCUUUAUAUCAUCCAAUAUGUACUUUUUGAUUUCUUAGAUUUUUUUUUAUUUUUUUUAGUAUUUAUACAUAUCUAAAUUAGACCGCUAUUUGGCUUUGCGUUUUUACCGCUAUUUUGCCGCAAUAGCCCGAAAUAGCCCGAAAUAGCCUUAGCGAUGCCUCACCGCUACGUGACGCUAUCCGCUAUUGAUAACCUUGAUUAUGACAUAAGUGGCCGACUGCUGAGUUAAUUUUAACUAAAACUGUUCAUUUGGUUACAUAUAUGGUUGUUUUUUUGUGUCAUUCUUACUACUGGAUUUUGGAGGUCGAAGUUCCUCGAAAGUCAAAAAUUCAAGUGUACCUAAUAGUGCAGAAUUUCUUACACAGUGUGUCAAAAAAUAACAUUUUCUUUUCAGUAAAAGUGUGUUAUGUAUCACUGUAUUUGCUAAUAUAUAAUUGAAACAUCAUGACCGGCCAAAGGAGCAUUAAAUAUCAACAAUAUUUCACCUUAAGUGGGCUGUUAGAGAAAUGUUAUAAAGGAGACGUGAUCUACUUGAGAUGUUUUCUGGAUUAUCUUGAGGAAGAAGAGUAAUAGACCGUAUGAUAUGCAAAGAGAGAAAUGUAAGCUGUUAAGCUGUUCAUGUAAUUCAAGUUCUUUCAGAUUACAAAUGGAGGAAGCUGCUGCAAUAUAAGUUUAGAUACUAGGUGACAUGUAAACAUGUGAAUCUACGUUGGGACACUUGGGCUAUUAUUUGUCAGAUGCCUAUAAAGCUAUGGUUCCUUGGUACUUCUAUUAGGAAGCUGUACACCUGCCACACAUGUACCCGUACCCGUACCCAAAGCUCUUGGACACUUCUUGAAUAUAUGCAUAUAUUUAUUCUGGCCUAUGCUCAAUUAUCUAAUACAUGUUUUAAUUUAAAACACUCCCCAUACACUUCUUCAAUGUAUAUUCUACACAUCUAUUUCUUAUAUAUUGAUAUUAUGUAAAUUAAAGAACAAUGUUGAUCUUAUGUAAAAUAUUAAUUUAGUAUAUAUAAAUAUACAUAACAUACACAUACAUAGCCACGUCCCCAUGCCCUAAUUUUUACAAAUUUGUCGUGUCCUUUACCCUUACCCGUACCCAUUCAACCUAGCUAUAAAGUAUAAACAUUAGUGGUAGUACAAAACUUUUUAUCAGAUAGAACUCUUAGUAUCCAUGUUAUUAACCUUAAGUUCAUAUCUGGAAUUAACCUCUUUUGGUAACGGGUAACUUUCAUUCAUAAAUGGUUCUAUGAAAACUAAUUUCAUCUGAUGGAAGAAGUUGCUGUCCAUUCCGGUAUAUGACUAUUUGAAGUCAGGCAUUAUGGAUUAUUUCUUUACCAUGCACUUUUUGUUCUCCCAUUAUUCUUUCUUAGAACUAAUUGUUUCCGCAGCUCCUAUAAGCACAUUUUUUAUCUUGAUUCUAGGUACAGUAACAAAAUUUUAUAGAAGGUAAAGCCGUAAAGGUUCAAAUGUACUCUUUUAUUUUCUCGAAGUAUUUAAAUUGAGCUCAUGAACCAUGAAGCUGCUAUCUAAAUUCAUUCUUAUGCCUUUUAUCAGGAUUCACUGUUGCUGCUGAAAAUGGAUUUAUGAAAACUAAUUUCAUCCAAUGGAAGAAGUUGCUGUCCAUUCCGGUAUAUGACUAUUUGAAGACAGGCAUUAUGGAUUAUUUCUUUACCAUGCACUUUUUGUCCUCCCAUUAUCCUUUCUUAGAACUAAUUGUUUCCGCAGCUCCUAUUAGCACAUUUUUUAUCUUGAUUCUAGGUACAGUAACAAAACUUUAUAGAAGGUAAAGCCGUAAAGGUUCAAAUAUACUCUUUUAUUUUCUCGAAGUAUUUAAAUUGAGCUCAUGAACCAUGAAGCUGCUAUCUAAAUUCAUUCUUACGCCUUUAAUCAGGGUUCACUAUUGCUGCUGAAAAUGGAUUUGGUUGGAAAUAUGUGCAAGGCUAAUAACGAAAAUGAAUUUUAGGAAAGAAAUACUGUUGGUUAUCUUUUUUCCAGAAUAACCAGUUGCACCUCACCUUCAGAGUAGUUGGUACAUUGAAUUUGAACUUCUUGAUUUUAGGAAACUUUAGCUGGUAUGGGAAAUUGCCCUGAGACGGUGUUCAAUUAGAAUCUGCAGAGUAUUAUAUGGAUUUGGUUGAGAUUGUAGCUUUCUUUUUUUAAUCUAUGUCCAAUUCAAACUUUUGCCUGCUACAUGUUUUAAGAAAACUUCUUCAGGUUCUAAUUUCCUUUUCAUCUUAUAGGCUACUUAAACGUUCGGUGCACUGUUAACAAUGAGUAUGCUUGUUUGCUUGAUAAUCAUAGUAUGCGUGUAGAACGACUUUCCCUAACAUGUUUAAUCACAUCACCAACACAUAACAGCUAUCUCGUAGUCAUUACGUUUUGCAUGGAUCCAUUUCCAUGAUAUUAUAUGGUCACAUUCACCAAUAACAUAUGAUUAUACACUAUUCAUUCCUUCAAUGAGGGGCAUUUUGACAAUCAGAAAGUAAUUGAAAGUAGACUAAAAAUUGGAAAGUGACCCUACUUUCUAUUUUCCCCCUGUUUAGUAAAUGGAAAGUGAUUGGAAAGUGAAUAAAAAGUGGAGGGUGUCACAUCAGCAUUUUCAACCAUUUUCACUUUCUCAAUUUUUUUAAGAAAUUGAAUGGUAUGUGAAGAGGGGGAGAAAUUAGUUUUUCCCCUUUCUCUGUCCUUAUAAUUUAGUUUUAAUUGUUUACUUUAUGCUAUUCACUUUCCACAGUAACCAAACAAAACAUGAAAACAAUGAAUGCCAAUUCACUUGCCAUCUCCAAUUUUUAUCUUUCUAUCAUCUAAACAAAAAUUUUGCAAAUAGAAAGCAAUGCCUGUUAAAUUUUCACUUUCCAUUUACUUUUUGGUUACCAAUCGUCCCAUAAGGUUAUGUCCAUAAGGUUAUGUAAGAAUUAAAGUUAGGUUCUCUGGAAGUGGCAGAAUAAUAGAAGCUUCCUCCUUGUAAUAUGCUGUCAAAAGUAUUAUGUUCUUUUCUAUCUCUUACUGUUACUGAUCUCUUCAAUGCCAGGGCAUAUCCUACAGCUAGAGGAUUUGAAGUCUGGUAUGGUGAUCAAAUACCUUUUGUGGAAGAAGUUUGAACUAUUCUGAGUUCAUGUAAAGAUUUGACAGUGGAAACAUGUUUGUUGAUCAGCCUGAUUUCAAAUGGUUCAUGGAUAGGGCAGGUUUCGCUAGCUUCUAAAUUUUUUUCUUUGUUUCCUAAAAAUUAUAAAUACUAAAGAGAUCACAUAGUUGUUGCAUAAACUUGGAAAUUUUUGUGUGUUUUUAGACUUGCAGUAGAAAAUUUGAUGAGGAUGUACAGUUUUUAAAAGUGCAAUUAUGAUGAAAUGACUUACUACCGAGUUCAUUUUAAUUAAAAACAGUUCAUUUUUUGUUAGAUCUAUGGUUGCGUUUGUGGCAUAUUUACUCCUGGAUUAUAAAAGUUAAAGUUGAAAGGCAAAAAUUACAGUAUUAACUACUCGUGCAGAAUUUCUUGUACAGGGCAUGUCGUAAAAGUAUCAUACGUUAUACAACAUUGUAACUGAUAAAAUAUAAUAUAAAUAUCAUGAUAGCCUGGAAGGAGUAUAUAUCAAUGUUAAUUUACCUUUAUUAUCUUUUGUUGGGCUUUGGAAGAAGACUUACAAAGGAGAUGUGAUCUACGUAGAAUGUCAGCUAGACGGUUUUGCGGGAGAAGACUAAUAGAGUUCAUGCUAUGAACUAGAAAAAAGUGGGUCGUUUAUGUGAUUUUGUUUCUGUUCUCUUCAACUUAGUAUCUGUUAUUUCAGGAGGGCGCUGGAGCAAUCUUAAUUGAAUAGGAGCUAAGUGACAUGUAAACAUGUGAAUUGUGAAGCUACCUCGGGACUCUGGGGAAGUUUCUUGUCAGAUGGCUAUAAAUUAUAAACCUUAGUUCUUUACUGAAUGAUAAUAUAGAAAUUAUUAUCAGAUUGAACAUGUUGGAUCCCUUUCAUUAUCUUAAGUUCAUAACUGGAUUAACCUCUAUCAGUAAUUCUAUUCAUAGACGAUUUUAUGAAGACCAAUUCUAUUUACUGCAUGAGGUUACUGCCCUUUAUAUGACUGCAAAAAACGGCAUCAGGGAGUAUUUCUUUAACUCUGCAGUUUUUUCUUUUUCCUUCCGUUGUUCUUUCUGAGAACAAUUGUUUCUGCACCUCCUAUAAACAUCUUAAGUUUUUUUAAAAAAAAAUCUUGAUCUAUAUGUGGUAACAAAAACAUGUAAAAGGUAAAGGACUGACCAGAGACAUUUAAUCUUUCAUUUUCAGGAAGUACUUAAAGUUUUAAACUAAGCUCAUGAAUCGUGAAGCUGCAACCUAAACUUAUUUGUUUGACUUUAAUAUAGUUGGCUGAGGCUUUUAAUAUGGGUUUUAGUGAGAAAUAUGCCAAAGGCUAAUAUUGAAAUUCCUUCCGAUGAAAGAAAUGCUGCUGAUUUUUUUUCCUGAAAUAUCUGUUGUGUCUCACCUUCGAGAAGCUGAUGCAUUCAUUUUCAGUUUCUUAGUUUCAAGAAACUUUUGUUAGAAUGAGAUUAAAUGUCUCUGGUCAUUAAUUAAAUCUGUAAAGUAUUAUAUGUCCAAUUCAAACUCUCAUUUAUUUUCCUCGUGAAGCCACGUGUUCAUUUUACAUGGACAUUGCCGAAAAGGGAAAGUACUUUUCCUCUCACGACAAUCAUCCCCCUUGUCCCAGUUCUUCAUUUACCAGGGGUUUUCAGUCUGGACUGUUCCUUCAACAGUCUGCAAACAAAAGAGAGGAGCAUGGAGAAGAAGGAUUUCAGAUUGAUGAAGGGUAAAGAUCUGCGAUCUCUUUAUGAGAAAGAGGGUAUCCCUGCUAACACUAGCAACUCCGAGAUGGUUGAAGCUCUUUGUCAGGUACGGCAGAGGCCUUGGGCUGAUCUGCCAAAGGAGAUACUUGAUCUCUUUCUGCAGCAGCUUAGCCUCGGAGAUCAUAUCCGCUUUGGCGCUGUCUGCAAAACUUGGAGAUCAGCGUCCAAAGACAAACCCCACCGCCGUGCACUCAAAUGGCCAUGGCUGGUGCUCCCUCAGAUUGAAGACAAACUAAGCCUCUACAGCCCAAUGGAGGCUCAAAUCCACGACCUUAACAUAUCUAUUUCACCUGGUUUUGAAUGCCUUGGGCAUUCAAUGGGGUGGCUAGUAAUUUAUAAUGAAGCAAAAAACUACUAUCUUUUAAACCCCUUGAAUAAUCAAACCCUUGAGCUCCCUUCUUCCCAUUGUGACUUUUUACACAGUCCUUCUCAAGACAAUUCAGAUGGCGUUCCUGAGUUUAGCAAUGACCAUCAUCAGAACAUGCUAGAAUUUAAUAACCCUCGUAUCAACUCUGAGACUGACGGUGAUAGUGAAAGUGAUUAUGAGACUAACAGUGAAAGUAGUUCUGAUUUUAGCGACAACGAUCAUCAGUACAUGCAAGAAUUUGUUAACCCUCAUAUUUAUUCUGAUAGUGAUAGUGAUGGUGAAGAUGGUUAUGAGGAUAAUGGUGAAAGUGGUUCUGAUAAUGAGGUUGCUGAUGAUUUGGGUGAUGAUGGCUACAGAUUUUUUCAGUGGGCUAUCGUGUUUGAUAUCCCUUAUUCUCUGGGGGUAGCAGCUCUAUCUCGGUCUGGCGGGUUGUACAUGUGUAGACCUGGAGAUGAAGAGUGGCUCGUGUUAAUUGAAAACUUUACUGGAGCAUCUGCAUGCUAUCGGGGGUCAUUAUAUUGCGUAGGUUUGUUUCAAUGGAGCAAUGUAGUUAUGUGUUACUCCCUUUCUGACAUAGAACCCAUAUUUCUUUGGAGAAAAACCAUAUUACUGCCAGAAGUAUGCACUGAACGUCCAUCUGAAACUUAUCUGGUUGAAUCUAAUUCAGGAGACCUACUCCUUGUAGUGAGAACUGUAGAUAUCAUUGAUAAUGAAAACCAAAAUGUAGGCACCACUGGAUUUCACCUGUUCAGGCUAGAUCAUGCCUCUGAUAAGUGGGUACAAAUAAAGAGUUUACAUAAUGAGGUCCUGUUUGUGAGUUCUUCCGGCGAUUCUUGUGCAAGGGCUUUCCUUGCUGAUGACCCUUCUGGAUAUAAAGCAAACCAUAUAUACUUCACGGAUAUCGAGGCAGGAAUUCUCUUGGGAGGCGAUAACCCUAAUCAAUAUUACGAUCAGGGUGUCUUUUCUUUAGAAGAUGGAGGGAUUGUGCAAUCUCCUAAACUUGACUCUUACCGUUUGAGCAACACUCCCUUUUGGUAUUACCCAAAAGUGUAACUAUGCUGCAAGGCCUGAAGCUGCUGGAGAUAUGCUGGUUCGAAAUCUGUUGGAGAUCGACGAUGAAAAUCCUUCUCAAGAAGAAUUGAUGCUUUCAAAGUUCAACUUGCUUGGUUUUGGAAAACUUUUGUGAACCUGGAACUAUAAAUGUCUUUGACGACAGUAUUUAAUCAGAAUUUGCAGACUCUGUACAUUUUAACUCCUUGUGGGAUGUAUGUCAUGGUUCUGGUUGAGAUUAUAGCUUCCUCUUCUUGACUA